AUGUUGGCUAUUGAAUCCAGGUUUUAUGGUGAUGUUACAUACACGGCAAAUAAAUCGGAUGUUACUACAGUGUCGGUGAAAUCAGAGGCCCCGCUGAGCGACCUUUUAGGCCGGCGUCAUGAUUACCUACGUAUUUCACUCACGGAACGAUGUAAUUUACGAUGUCAGUACUGCAUGCCAGCAGAAGGAGUGAAACUAUCGCCACGGUCAGCUUUGUUGACCCGAGAUGAACUACUUCGUCUGGUUAAUGUCUUUGCCAGCUUGGGUGUGCAUAAGCUACGGCUCACUGGUGGUGAACCAACAUUACACUCAGAUUUGGCCGAUUUAAUUCAGAGGCUGUGCAGCAUCCCUGGCAUCCGCACGGUGGGCAUGACGACGAACGGGCUAGUCCUGACGCGACGGCUGCCCGCGCUGCAACGCGCCGGGCUCGCCGCGCUCAACGUCUCGCUCGACUCGCUGCGCCCCGACCGCUACGAGUACAUGGCACGCCGCCCGGGACUGAGUCGAGUACUUGCCGGUAUAGACUUGGCGCUGCAGCUGGGAUACCGUCCAGUCAAAGUGAACACCGUGCUCAUGCGAGGAUUCAACGAUGACGAGAUAUGCGACUUCGUAGAGUACACUCGCGAUCGGGAGGUUGAAGUUAGGUUCAUCGAGUUCAUGCCGUUCUCGGGCAACGAGUGGGGCGAGCAGAAGAUGGUGGCGCACCGCGAGGCACUGCGGGCCGUGCGGGCACGCUUUCCGCGUCUCGCGCCUGUGGUGACCCACGCCUGCGAUACCGCCAUGGUAUUCCAAGUGGAGGGUUAUGUAGGACGCGUAGGCUUCAUCUCGUCGAUGACGCAGCCCUUCUGCGCAUCCUGCAAUCGCUUGCGGCUUACGGCAGAUGGAAAUCUUAAGGUAUGUCUGCUGGGUGCGGGCGAGGUGUCGCUGGCGGCGGCGCUGCGUGGCGGCGCGGAUGACGCGCGCCUGCGCCGGCUCGUGCGCUCCGCGCUCGCCAACAAGAAGCCUCAACACGCCGGGGGGGCGGCGCAGCGGCGCGCAGUGGCCGUCGGGCGUGUGGCCGCACGCUGGUACUGCACCGCGGCGGGGGCGGGGGCGGGUGAGCGCGGGGCGGGGGAGGAGCAGCCGGAGGAGGCUCGCGGUGCGCUGACGCACCUGGACGCGGAGGGGCGCGCGCGCAUGGUGGACGUGAGCGGGAAGCAGGAGACGCUGCGCGAGGCGGAGGCGGAGUGCGCGGUGCUGGUGUCGGCGCGGCUGCUGCGGCUGCUGCGCGACGCGCGCCUGCCCAAGGGCGACGCGCUGGCCGUGGCGCAGGUGGCAGGCACGCUGGCCGCAAAGCGCACGGCCGAGCUGAUCCCACUGUGCCACUCGCUGCCGCUGAACGCGGCGCGCGUACGCGUGCGCUUGCCGCGCGGCGAGUGCGCGCACGGCGGCGCGCUGCGCGUGCGCUGCUCGGUGCGCACCGUCGCUCGCACCGGCGUCGAGAUGGAGGCGCUCACCGGCGCCGCGGUGGCCGCACUCACGCUCUACGACAUGUGCAAGUCCGUGGACCGCCACAUCUCCAUCACCGAGCUGCGCGUCGUGCGCAAGUCGGGCGGCUCGCACGACUUCGCGGAGGACGCGCCGCCCGGCGGCCGCGACCCCGCGCGCCCCGCGCACGCCCUGCGCCCGCACGACACGUCGCCGCACCGGCCCGCCGAGACCUACGCGCCUUCGGACCUCAUGCACUUCUAG